GUUAAUCACACUGACAGACGGAAGUUUACAAUGGUCAGGAUUGUGUGCAGUUUUAAAGCGUGACGCACGCCAGCAAAAUGGCAGAAGCCAGUAUUUCAGUGGCUGAGGAUCAGUUCAUCUGUUCAGUGUGUCUGGAUCUCCUGAAGGAGCCAGUGACCAUCCCCUGUGGACACAGUUACUGUAUGAACUGCAUCACUGACUGCUGGAAUCAAGAUGAGCAGAGGAGAGUUUACAGCUGCCCUCAGUGCAGAGAGACCUUCACUCCAAGACCUGCUUUAAACAAGAAUGUGGUGAUGGUGGAAAUGGUGGAGAAACUGAAGACAGGAUCAAGAAAUGCUGCCAGUUAUGCUGGACCUGGAGAUGUGGAGUGUGAUGUUUGCACAGGAAGGAAACGCAAAGCUGUUAAAUCCUGUCUGAUGUGUCUGAACUCUUAUUGUCAAGCUCACCUUGAACUACACAACGGUUUCUUUAAAGAUAAGAGACAUCAUUUAAUCAAUGCCACUGGACGACUGAGAGAGAUGAUCUGCUCUAAACAUGACCGACUGCUAGAGGUUUACUGUCGGACUGACCACAAGUGUGUUUGUUUACUGUGUAUGAUGGAUGAACACACAGAUCAUCAAACUGUUUCAAUCAAAACAGAGAGGGCUGAGAAACAAAAACAGUUGUUGGACAUACAGAGAAACUUCCAGAAGACAAUCCAGGAGAGAGAGGAGGAGGUUUGUGAGCUGAAACAUGCUGUGAAGACUCAUAAGCGCUCUGCACAGACAGCAGUGGAGGAAAGCGAGAAAAUCUUUACUAGACUAUUCCACGUUAUUGAGAGAAGACGAUUUGAGGUCUCGCAGAUGAUCAGAGAUCGAGAAAAGACUGAAGUGAGUCGAGCUGAAGGACUCUUGAAGAAACUGGAGCAGGAGAUUGAAGAUCUGAAGAGGAGAAACACUGAGCUGGAGCAGCUUUCACACACUGAUGAUCACAUACUUUUCCUACAGAGUUUCCAGUCUCUUUCUGCUCCUCCUGAAUCUCCAGAAAGCAGUGAUGUUACUUCUCUCCUCUUUUAUGAUGACGUGGGUGAAACUCUCUCUGUGCUGAGAGACAAACUCGAGGAUGCCUUCAAGGAAGCAACAGAAAAUAUGUCUGUUUCAGAGACGCCAUACAUUGAGAUCAUUUCCACCUCUGAAGUGAUUAACAGAGACAAGUUCUUGCAAUAUUCCCAUCAGCUCACACUGGAUUCAAACACAGCACAUAAAUAUCUCCGUCUGUCUGAAGGAAACAGAGUGGCUACUUUUAUUGGAGCUGACCAGAGUUACCCGGCUCACCCGGACAGAUUUCAUGACUUUUCCCAGGUGUUGUGCAGAGAGAGUGUGUGUGGACGCUGUUAUUGGGAGGUGGAGUGGAGCGGGGAGGCUGGAGUGGGAAUAUCAGUCUCAUAUAAGAGCAUCAGAAGAAAAGGGGAAGGUUUUGACUGUGUAUUUGGGUUUAAUGAUCAGUCCUGGAGAUUGUCCUGCUCGAACUCCAGCUAUACACUCAGACACAAACAGGUAUCCACCAAACUCCAUGUACCAUCAAGCUCCAACAGAAUAGGAGUGUAUGUGGAUCACAAAGCAGGAAUUUUGUCCUUCUUCAGUGUCUCUGACACAAUGAGCCUCAUCCACAGAGUCCAGACCACAUUCACACAACCGCUCUAUCCUGGGUUUGGGAUUAAUUUUGGGUCAACUGUGAAACUGAAGUCUGCAGAGAAUCUGUAAAUGAGUGUCAUUUUACAGGUUUAAGCAUUAUGAGAGAAAGGGCUGAGUACACUGUGGUUAGCAGUGGUCAGUGACAAAGUUGACACAGACUGGUAAUUCUAAUCAAGAUUGUGUGUCUUAUAAGAUUUUCUUACAUUAAGGACAUACACUACCUGACAAAAGUCUCGUUGCCUAUCCAGGUUUCAGGAACAGCAAAUAAUAACUUGACUUCUAGUUGAUCAUUUGGUAUCAGAAGUAGCUUAUAUGAAAGGCAAAGGCCUCUAGAUUACAUUUAUUUUACCACAAUAAAACAUGAUCAUGCCUUGAUUUUUAAUGAUUUAAUUAGGACAGUAAGGUCUGACUUUGCUUAGACAAUAGUCUUAAAGUCACUUAGAAAUAAUGUACAGUAUCGAAUAUAAAGUCAUGGUGCAGUGGAAAAAUAAUAAAUAUUGUGUGACUCUCAUGAGCUUGGAGGACUGCAUCCAUACAUCUUUGCAAUGAUUCAAAUCCCUUAUUAAUAAAGUCAUCUGGAAUUGCAAAGAAAGCGUUUUUACAGGACUGCUAGAGUUUAUCAAGAUUUUUUGGAUUCAUCUUCAAUGCCUCCUUCAGCUUACCCCAGGCAUGCUCAAUAAUGUUCAUGUCUGGUGACUGGGCUGGCCUGUCCUGGAGCACCUUGACCUACUUUGCUUUCAAGAACUUUGAUGUGGAGGCUGAAGUAUGAGAAGGAGCGCUAUCCUGAUGAAGAAUUUGCCCUCUCCUGUGGUUUGUAAUGCAAUGGGCAGUACAAAUAUCUUGAUACCUCAGGCUGUUGAUGUUGUCAUCCACUCUGCAGAUCUCUCGCACACCCCAUACUGAAUGUAACCCCAAACCAUGAUUUUUCUUCACCAAACUUGGGUCCAUGUGGGUUCCAGUAGGUCUUCUGCAGUAUUUGUGAUGAUUGGGAUGCAGAUCAACAGAUGAUUCAUCAGAAAAAUCUACCUUCCGCCACUUUUCCAAAUGAUCGAGUCAAUAAUAAUAAUAAGACAAGACCACCAGAUCAUUGUUAUAUAUUUCGCUCACUUGUGUACCCUAAAGUCAGCGUGAAAUCAAAUUUGACUAUGUAUAUUGUAAUGCUUCUUAUAAAUGAUGUAUCUGUGCACCUAAUUAUUUUGUAAAAAUUAAUUUGCCCUCAUAACUUUUAUUAAAUACCAUAACCUUCCCUCUCCGAUGGAAUGACUUUUCUUCGUUUCAGGUCACAUAGACUGCCAUUAGGGCAGGGCUAUCAGGGCAUCUCAUUUCUACUCUCUUUAAGCCAUUCCCAUCUUCCAACUAUUCAAUUGCUUUCCAAAAGUCGAAAUCAUACAUCCCUCAUUAUAUAUUUUUUUCUCAUUUGAGGACCGUAUGAAUUGGAUGGUCUUAGACCACAUUAAUUCAUUAGUAUGGUGUAGGGCCUCCUUUUGCAGACAUAGCAAAUGACAGAUACAAGUCUAUCAAAAAGUCUUUGAGCCAUUGUUCUUGCAGAAUAGUGGCCAGGUCACUACGUGAUGCUGGUGGGGAAAACGUUUCCUGACUUGCUCCUCCAAAACACCCCGAAGUGGCUCAAUAAUGUCUAGCUCUGGUGACUGUGCAGGUCAUUAGAGAUGUUCAACUUUACUUUCAUGUUCAUCAAACCACUCUGUCACCAGUCUUGCUGUAUGUAUUGGUGCAUUAUUAUCCUGAUACACAGCACCGUUAUCAGGAUACAAUGUUUGAACCAUUGGGCGCACAUGGUCCUCCAGAAUGGUUCGGUAGUCUUGGCAGUGACAUGCCCGUCUAGCAUAAGGCCUAUAUUUCUGCCCAAACCAUCACUGAUCCACUCCCAUUCUUCACUCUGGGCAUGCAACAGUCUGGGUGGUACACUUCUUUAGGGCUUCUCCACACCAUAACUCGCUUUUAUGAAGUGUGAUAAACACAGGUGAGUAGGCUUUAAAAACCACCUGUAGAAACACUUUCUUUCUCUUUCUCUUUCUCUCU